CCGCUCCUGGAGAGGACGGCAUGACGUCAGAACGGGGGCUGGACCAGCAUGGCGGCCGUCCUGAAGCUCGUCAACAGAAGCGCUUUCGGCUCUGUAAUGGGGCAGCACUGCCUGGCGUUCAGCUCCGCGGCGGGGCUCAAAGCUGCUGGGGUUAGAGCAGGUCAGGCUCUUCCAGAAAAGGUGAAAAUAGUGGAGGUGGGACCCAGAGAUGGCCUUCAAAACGAGAAGACUCUUGUACCCACAGAGGCAAAAAUUAAUUUAAUCAACCUGCUGUCAGAGUCGGGGCUGCCCGUCAUUGAGGCCACCAGCUUUGUCUCUCCGAAGUGGGUUCCACAGAUGGCAGACCAGGUGGAGGUGAUGAAGGGAAUCAGCAGGAGGCCCGGCGUGUCUUAUCCGGUCCUCACCCCCAAUCUCAAGGGUUUCCAGGCUGCUGUGAAGGCAGGAGCUGCAGAGGUAGCCAUAUUUGGCGCUGCGUCGGAGCUCUUCAGUAAGAAAAACAUAAACUGCUCAGUGGAUGAGAGUUUGCAGCGCUUCGACGAGGUCAUGCAAGCAGCUAAAGAGGCCGGUGUGCCAGUUAGAGGUUAUGUCUCCUGUGUCGUCGGGUGCCCUUAUGAAGGCAGGGUGGCACCUGAAAAAGUAGCACACGUAGCUAAGCGUCUGUACUCCAUGGGCUGCUAUGAGAUCUCUCUGGGAGACACCAUCGGAGUGGGAACUCCGGGCAGCAUGGCUAAAAUGUUGGAGGCAGUGACUAAAGAGGUGCCCGUCAGCGCCUUGGCCGUGCACUGCCAUGACACCUACGGCCAGGCUCUGGCUAACAUCCUUGUAGCCUUACAGAUGGGGGUCAGUGUGGUGGAUUCAUCAGUAGCUGGACUGGGAGGCUGUCCCUAUGCCCAGGGGGCUUCUGGGAAUGUUGCAACAGAAGAUGUCAUUUAUAUGCUGCACGGACUUGGAAUUCAAACAGGAGUCGACCUCUCAAAGUUGAUGGAUGCUGGAGCGUUCAUCUGUCGAACCCUCAACAGGAGGACCAGCUCCAAAGUGGCGCAGGCCACCUGCAAACUGUAGAGCCAAACUGCAGCUCUGUGUCUCAGACUGAACGCUGCUGUGUGACCGUGUAACCCGGAGCCUUUCUGCCCUGUCUGGGAUUUUUUUUGGUUAACAUAUCUUCUGUGAAAGAUUGGGAUCAGUAAGAUAUCACAGUAGAAUCAGAAUGAAAUAUGUGAGUAGAUAUUAAUGACAUGACAGCAUUGCUGGAACAGUGCCUUAAGUAAAGUCAGUCUAAUCGUAGACUUCAUGUCACAACCUGUGUGCCUGUUUUUAAUGGUGUGCUUACACUGGUUUCCAGGCAGUGGGCAACAUGACGCACAGACUUUAUAACAAUAGAUUAUCCAGUAAGCAUGUCGUGAGUAUGGAUAAACUCACUGUUGAUGGUAGAAAAGACAAAAGUGUUGUUUUGAUUUUCCAUCAUCCUCCACGAGCAGUAAUGUCCGUCUUCAAGGGGAAGCCGAGUCCUCGUGAAGUCGAGCGUUCAGCCGGCUCGUGAAACAUCGCAGAUGCAGCUGAUGUCUAAUUUGAGGUUAUUUUUAUUUUAAAUGUAUUUAUUAAAUCCAAAUGUUUCUGUAGACUUUUAGUUGUUAAAAUAAAGUUUAUUUAAUCGUG